AUGCCACCGAAGAAGGAUAAUAAAAAGGAAGUAAAAAUACAUCUAUUUCACAUUUAGUUAGUCUUAUCUGAAGAUGAUGGUACUGGUAUCUUAAAAAAUAUUGUACAAUUCAAAAUACAAUUUCAAGUGGUUACAUAAAAUAUCUAGAACAUUGUCAUCAUGUUUGAAUGGUUAAAUGCUAAUUCAACAGAAAGAUAUGACACCGGUCUUAUUGAUUAAUGGAAUGUGGUUUCAAGUGAACCAUAAUAGAAUCUUGAUGAUCCACCAAUUGUUACUUAUUCUUUUGAGAAAGUUUUUGAUUAAUUAAGAUUUAUUGAUUCAUUAGCAGAAGUAUUAUCGAAAAAAAAAUUAUAUAUGUACUUUGUAAAUGCAGAUGAUAUGAAAGUUAUGCAAGAAUUUUGGUUUGAUUACAGUUUAAUGCUUAACACUCCUAAUUUCGAAUUUGCCUUCUCCAAAAUGAGAAUCAUGGAAAUCUUAGAUUUUAAAUUCAAUAUUUAAAGUGAUAAGCCCUUGUUGCAUGAACAAUUAAGAGCCAAACUUAAUCCAUUUUAGGUGGAAAUAGUAUCAUGUGAAAAUAUACCUGUUCAAGCUUAAAAAUCAUAUGAAUUAUGCUAUGUUUAAUAUGAGUUUUAUGAUGGAACAGUUAUAAAAACUGAUAUGUAAGUUUAAAUGCAAAACAUGUACUUUAAUUCUAAACAUGUUUUUUUAUUGGGAACAAUGGAUAUUGCAAAGCAUUUUGAGACAAGGCCCAUCAAAUUUGAAUUACAUGACAAAGAUGAAAUAGUUAGGAAUGAUGUUAAAGAAGAAUUAUAAUUAUUUGAUAUUGAAAAAUGGUUAUAAAUUGAGGAAGAGAAAAAUAGACCCCCUGAACCUGAUUUUACUGUGGAUCCAAAGACAGGCAAAAAGAUACCUAAAAAGGAAGUAAAAAAGGAUGAUAAAAAGGAAGUUAAGAAGGAAGUGAAGAAAGAUGCAAAAAAAGAUAAUAAAAAAAAGGAAGUAAAAUUAGGAGAACCAAUUUUAGAAGAAUAACCAAAAAAAUAAUAUAAUAGAAAUAAUCAUGGUGUAGCAAUAAUGAAUUUAGGUGCGUUUAUUCAUUCCAAUGUUAGAGAAGUGGAUUUACUAGCUGGAAUAGUUCCAAGAAGAGUUUUUGAAGAUACUGAGUCUAAUAAUUUAGAUUUGAACACAACUGCUAGAAAAAAUAUUCCAAAAGUAUUUACAGCCACUAAUUAUUUGGACUUGUAGGCUACGAUGUUUGUUAAAUUUGAAAUGUCAAAUGCAUUAAUUAGAAAAUGA